AGGGAGCGUAUGGGAGAGUGCGGGAGAGGAAUCGGAGGAGUUGGAUGUAGGAGCAGGUGAGGGAAGGUGAGGGACGGUGAGGAGGAGACGUUACACUUGCCAGACGCCGGCGCCAGACUACCAUCUCCUCCACAACACCUUCAAAUAUCAUGGUGACACCACCAUCCCAGCUGUCUUUGGAGGAUACUGAUGUCUUUUUGAAGAAAAAUGAAGGAGCUCGUGUUAGUUUCCAACAUCAUAACAUGCCCCCUAUGGUUUCAAGUGGGUAUGAUUUUGAAACUACAGAAAUGGAUACAAAUGACCCAUCAUAUAAUGGUAUCACAGUUCCUAUUAUAGUAGAUACAACUGAAGCUGAAGGAACGUAUAUAGAAAAUGAGGAUUUUACACAGCUUACAGAUUUAACUUCUACCUCAAAACCUCUUUCUGAAAAAAAUAGUGAUGAAACGGGGAAAUGGGAAUUAUUUGCUGACUUCACUAAUGAUAGUUCUGUUACUACAACAGAACUAUCUGAAAAUCCAGAAAAUUUCAGUGAUUAUAUUGAUAUUAUUGAAUCAAUAAAAAAUACUAAACAUUUGAAAAAUACAAAUAUUAUGGUUACUACAGAAAGUCCUACAGAUAUUUUAAGUGAUAAUGUGACCAUCUAUAAUUCAGGAAAUGUUAAUACAAAAAUUACUGAUAACCAAAGAGAAGGAACAUGGAAAGAGAGAGAGAUACAUCAGUCAAGCACUGACACUACUCCAAAUGAUGAGUAUGGAGAAGUCACUAACAAACCAAUAUCUGUUGAUGAUAGCACUCACAUUCUACUUAAUAAUAAGGAAUAUGAUGGGUUAGUGACUUCUCUAAUGUCAUCUGGUGAUAGUACCGACAUUCUCCCAAAUGACGAAGAGUUAACGACUCCUCAAUCAUCUGGAAUUAGCCCUGACAUUAUUCUGAACAAUGAGGAAUAUGAAUCGGUAGUGACAACUCCAACUAGUAUAUCUGAUGAAUCUUUUCCAGAUGUCAAUAACACAAAUUCAGAUGGUCAAAAUGUUUUACUUGAAGCAUCUCCAGUCACAGAGGUAGUGUUAGAUACUAUACAGAAUCUGUUUGAUGAUAUUGGCAGCUUUGAUCUUAAAAUUAUGACAACAAGAGAGGGACUGCAAGUAGAUGCACAUGAUGCAGUAUUUGAUCCAAGUCAGAUAGCUAAAGCUACAAGUUAUGAAGGGUCAUCAUAUUCAACAGCCACAAGAAGUGCAACAGUCACUACUUGGGUUGAUCCAGAUAAUAGACACUUACCAAGCCAGCAUCAUGCGAACUUAACACAGUCUAACAAUUUUGAGAGCUCUCAGAAAUCUGAAUCUGUAGCCAAGCUUGUAGAAAAUACUUAUACAGAGUUGCAUGAUAGUGACAUUAUAUAUUAUCCAGCAAGACAAGAUUCUGAAAUAAAGUUAACCAAUUUGUAUCAAGAUACAACAAAUGAUUUUCUAGCAAACAGGGAUACAUUGGCAUCAGAUGUAAAGUUAAAGGAUGAAAUAAAAACAGAAUUUACAUCAUUGGCUUCAGAUUAUCAAGAUAGUGGUUACUUGGAAAGGGAAGAUGUAGUAACUUCAAAUAGUGAUGUAUUUGAUAAUGACAUAAAUAAUAUUUUGGAUGAAAUACCCAUUCUUGCAUAUAAUAUAACAGAUUUUGGAAGUGGUACUCAGAUACUAACAAAGAAUGGUAAAAACAAGACUAAAGAUUCAUUAAUGUAUGAAAUGCCAUUGGCAGAUAGCAUUCAACUAAAUCCUUCAGUUGUAAUUGCAUUAUCAAUUUGUUGUAGUAUUGUUGUAUUGCUUGGAAUUGUAUCAAUUUUAUUGUGGUUAUGUCGCCGACACAGAAAUAAAAGUAAAAUUUAUUUAAGCCAUGAAACUGUAAAACCAAGAGCUUUUUUCACAAAGCCAAUGAACCCAGCUCUGCUUCCUAGUGAGAACGUACCAGACUCGUUAAAUAUGCUCGAUUUUCAGAAACCUAGGGCACCACUUCUGUUGAGUGAUGAUAAGAAAGAUAUCUACUUCAUUGAACAGUCGUCCAUUAAUGGGUCUCCACAACUAGAGAAUACAGCUGUUAAUAUUGAUGAUGAUGAUGGUUUUAUUGAUAUACCUCUCAACAAAUUUAAAACAGGAAGACAAACUAAAGUAAAUGAGCAAGAUCCACCAAAAUACAGUUUAAAAUAUAAGUGUGAAAGUGAUAGUGACUCUGGUAUAAAGAUGUGGUCAUCAACAGGUUCACUGUACACAUCAUCAUCAUCAUCACAGCUCAACCACUGUUCUGUGCCACCACCACCAUACUUGCCGUCUUUGACUAAAGAAACAUUUUGUCUUUCAGUUCAUUCUCUUCUUUCACUAUCCAAGAAAACAGAAGUGUUAGAUGUGUAAAUAUGAUCCAUAGGCUAAAAUGUAUUUAUAUACACUAUUGUCGAAUCUCGUCAUUGUAAAUAAGUGUUUGUUAAGAAAGGUAUAUUUCAGGAUACCAAAGUUAAUGGUGAAGUACCUGCUUAGUAAAAUUAUAUUUGAGCUAAAUUCCAAUUAUAAAUUGUUAUCUUAGAUUAGUUAGUUUUAAACUAUGCCUAGGCCAGUGUAACAGUUAACAAUGUGAAUGCAUACAUGUGCAUUACUGUUGUGAAAGAAACUAUAAAAAUGUCUUUACUAAAUAAUUAAUGGCAUUCAAAAUGAGGAGAAAGUGUAAAUAUACAAUUUAUUCCAUCUCAGAAAUGUAUCUGAAUGUAAAACUACACUGGUUACAACUUUACAAUUUUCAUACUUUGGUUUCAUUUCUCAUUUAUUGGUAUUUACACUGAUAUAGUGUAUUAAAUAAUCAUAAGAUUAGCUUACAUCAGUGAAAAUAUUGAUAUAUUAAAAAUGUUGCUUUUAAAAUUAAGUUUAUAACUGACCUUUAAACAUCAUUGUAUUCUAUUAAUGUUUUUGUCAUUUUAGUAAUGUUAUAAUUUUUUUUGUUUUUCUGUAGCCAUUUGUGCUUUGGAUAAUUAUAUAUCCAUUUUAUUCCAAUUGAGAUUAUUUUUAUGUAAUAUUUGACCAUUACAUAUUUAAACAGAAUCCUCUGUUAAGGUGUGUUAGCAUUAACUCGGUGGAUGACAUCUUAUGUAUAAUAGAUAUAGUCAGCAUAACAUUGUGGUUUAUCAUUCAACAUAGGGCAAUACUGUACUUUGUCUAGUGAUCAUUUUAGCCAAAAAAUUUUUACAAGCAAAAGAACUCCAUAUAAAAUUUGUGCCAAUUCUGUGUUGCCAACACUUGCAUGAUUUGUUAACUGGUUGUGCCCUGUAUUUACCCAAGUGUAGUUACAGGAUGAGAGCUACGCUUGUGAGUCUUCCCAGCACUGUCAUAUAACACUCUGAAACCACUGACAGUUUUGGCCUCCUCCACCUCUCACUUGUUCGAACCAUCUAGCACUCUGUGCGACAGUGAAUUUUCUAAUAUUUUUAUCAGUAGCUUUGUUUAGUUUGCUUAAAUAUUUGAUCUCAUGUUCUUUAAGUUCCAGGUCUCAAGAAUUGUUCUGAUCAAUGUUUUCAGUUCCCCUUAUUAUUUUGUGCAUAGUAAUCAUAUCGUCCCUAUAUCUUCUGUCUUCUAGCUUUGGCAUAUUUAGUGCCUCUAACCUCUCCUCAUAGCUCUUGUCUUUCAGUUCCAGAAGCUGUUUAGUUGCAUGUCUUUGCAUCUUUUUCAGUUUGUUGAUGUGCUUAAGAUAUGGACACCACACAACUGCUGCAUAUUCCAACUCUGGUCUCACAAAGGUCAUGAACAUGUUUUUUGGUAUUUUGCCAUUAAUGUAUCUAACCCCAGCUCCCAGCCGCCUUUAUUGUAACAAAACUGUGGUGUGCCGAAAAUAAAAUAUUCCCCUA